AUGUCUGCCAACUCAGACCUUAGGAAGCAAAUCGAAACUACGGUGAAUAGCUUCCUCGCGAGCUACGAGGACGGGAGAAAAACCAAGGAUCCGACCGUCAUCAACCGCGAUGUUACUCCAGAAUGCACUCGCCAACUUCUUCCCGCUUCACUGUGCAAGGCGCUCGGCCUUCCGGAAAAGUUUCUAAUGUCCAAUGAUAUCUACGAGAAGCUCUACGCCGACGAUCUUUCUCUUGGCGGCGUUCACAACACCGUGUCAAAGCACUUGACGAUCGACGUUGAGGCCCGGCGCGCGGCAGUUGAAAGCAGUGGAGACAUGAUCUACCAUCAUGGCGAGACUCUACAUCUAGAGUUUUCUUGGAUUUUCUAUCUUACUGGAGACGGUACGAAGAUAAGCAGGGUCAUAGAGUUCGCUGAUAGCACGGCUGUCUUGAAGAUGGCGGCCAUCGCGAAGGAACGUGUCGCCAGAAAUGGCCAGGGUGAAGAGGUCGAUUUUGACGCUACUGGGUAG